CUGUGCCCCUCAGAUAGUCAGGGCAUGGCUAAACUUGGUCAGUACACGUAAGAGGGGCUGAUUCUCCCGUGGGACACGUCAGAUUCCUUUCAAUUGCUCAUAGAGAUCAGAUUAAAGAGAUGACAACUGGCGGUAGCCUCAUCUCCAGCAAACUAUAAAGCUCGGGGCACACAACUCAAGGAGGGCGAAAAGGAAACUUUCUGGCUGUACCAAGCGGAGGAUCUAGAAGCAAGAUGGCCGAGAGUCAGGUCCCAUUCUCCUGCCAGAUCCCCGGGAGGCACAGGAGCAGUAGGGACCCUUUCCGAGAGCCCGGCUUGUCUUCCCGCUUCCUGGACGAUGAGUUCGGCAUGUCGGCUUUCCCUGAGCACUUCACGGCCGACUGGCCCAACUGGGCGAGACCCAGGCUGACCUCCACCUGGCCCGGGCCUUUGAGAUCGUCCUUCAACGAGGCAGCUCGGGAGGCCCCGGGCAUUUAUAAUCCGGCGCCGCCUCAUUACACGGCCCGUUACACCGGCUACUCCGAGCCCAAGAGCCCGCCCAGCAUCAACCCGGGAGAGCCUUGGAAAAUGUGCGUUAACGUGCAGAGCUUCGCGCCGGAGGAAUUGGCCAUCAAAACCAAGGAUGGCUUCGUGGAGAUAUCAGGAAAACAUGAAGAAAAACAAGAAGAAGGAGGAAUAGUCUCAAAAAAUUUCACCAAAAAGAUCCAGCUGCCCAUCGAAGUUGACCCCGUGACAGUCUUUGCGUCCCUGUCUCCUGAAGGAGUCUUAAUCAUUGAAGCUCCUCCUGCAAGACCACCUUGCUACUUCUACGGGGAUGACAGCAUGAGCAUUGAUGCAGAAGAAAAUGGAUUGAGAGGCCAAGAACAGACUGUUUCUUAAUCUCAACCGACUAUGAAAUCACCUGUCAAAAUCUGCCAAAAAAACAAUGUUAUUACCUCUAGACGAGUCAACAAAGACUGUAUAUAAAUCAUUGUUUGUUUACUUUGAUACUUCUAGAUAGUCUUACGGAAGAUAUUGAUCUGUUUUGGUCUAUUUUGUAUAUGAGAAGAAGGCUGUAUAUUGAUUGUUGGGUCUUGUUUUGCACAAUAGCAUAUAUUUUAUAUGCUAGAUAUAGCAGAGUGGUUCAAUAUUGAUCCUCCUGUAAAGUGCCUUUUAAUUGUUGAUUUUGAAUAAAAUCUAGGAUGGAAAA